CCCUCACCAGAGCGGUUCCCAGCGCGUCCUUCCGGGGGAUUGCUGUAAAGUACAGAUUUUCUCUUCCUCAGCUUUACAGUCUUGGGGGAGCCGCUGCGGCGCCUCUUGAAGAAGAGGCUUCCCCCAGUCUGCUCCAUUUUCGAGCGGACCCGAGGCCAGCGUUCCGCGCUCUUCUAGCCUUCCGCGAUUACAGUGCGUAAGGAAGCAUGUGGCUUCGCCCUUCCGUUCUGUUUGGCCUCUGUGAGCCGCCGUCGCUGGCGGGCGCAGGGAUGCUUGGGAUUGGAGGAUUUUUUUUUUUUAAUCUCGUCUUCCUAAAUCCGGGCCGGGGUGCAAUUCUCCAACCUAAGAGGUUCUCUGCGCUUUGCCCGAGGAGCGGUUAGUCUCAGUGCCAGACCUCGUGCCCAGAGACCAGAAGAUAUUUCUGUGGAUAUGCAUGUAUAACUUUUGAAAACAUCUAUUGUGUGCUGCUGCAUUUGUUAAUAAGAUGUUUGGGAGACUGAGUUUUCCUCAAAUAAUUCUUGCAAGUGUCCUUGGUGUUGCUGGAGGAAUAUAUAUUUAUCAACCAAUCUUUGAACAGUAUUCCCGAGAUCAGAAAUUAUUAAAGGAAAAGCCACAAAUUGUUCAAGAAUCAGAAGAGAAGAAAAGUUAAUGAUGGACUUGAAUUGUGCUAGGUACUGAAAGCCCAAGUCAUUGAGAAGUUGCACCUGUUAUUAUUUUGAACAUGAUUAAAUCAAGGAUAAUGAUUUAAGUGCUUCUGAACAAUGUUUGAAUUUUUCUUAUGCUUUUUUCUUAUUUGUCAUAUUAUCAUGACUGUCCUUGAACUUUCCUUUUGCUCAAAUCAAUAACAUAAUGUUGUAUUUUCAUUUUUGGCACCAAUUUCCCUGAACUUGUAGCAUGGGUACUUGCUGAUGGUGGCAAUUUUGGGGAAUUUGACAAAAAUGAGUAUUAUUGGUGUUUAUAGUAGUGAAUUAGGACAAGAAUUCUUAACCUGAGUAUGGACUCCCAAGGGGUCUACAAAUUUCAGGGGCAGAAGAUCUCUGAAUCUUGAUGAGAAAAAGAUUACAUCUUCAUUUCAAUAGACUUGGUUUCCUUAUAAAUCAUAUAUAUCUUAUGUGUUCAAAAAUAUUUUUUUUUGAGAAGAGGUCCAUGAGAAAAGAUUGGGAACCCCUGAUUUGGGAGGAGAUGAACUGGGAAACUGCCUGAUGCAGAAGCCUCCACACUUACCUUCAAAAGAUUCAAAUGCAUACCAACUGACCAGAAACUUCUCAGUCUAGUCUCCUUAUUUUCCACCUUUUCCAUCUUCAGUCUAAUAAAAUGGAGGAGUACUGAGAAUUUGACUGGCAGAUAUAUAGUUGGACACCUGCUAGUUUCAAAACAUGGCUUUGUAUAUAGGAAAGGUGAUACAGCUGGCAUUAUAAGGAAAAGAAGAAAGCUAUAAUUCUAAAAAAAUUUUUUAAAGGUUAUUUAAAUGGUUACUGUUAUUAUCUAACCAGUACCAAUUUUCAAGGCUUAGCAUUUAAAAAAAUUUUGUAUACUCAUUAGCUUAUAUUAACAAGGGUACAGAUAGUAUUUUUAAAGACUAAUUGUUUCCCCUGCUGAAUGAAUUUAGUAAAUUAGCAAUAUUUAAUUUCAAUUACCCAUGAUUAGCAUAUAUAGUAAGAUGUAUAAUAAUUACCAAAAAAGAGAUGCUAGGAUGUGGCUGGUCAACAAACAUUGUAAUUUCAAAUUCUGACACUACAAGUACAAUGUAGCAAAAUGACAUAUUUGAAUAGUUGCUGGUGUUAUCUAUAAUGUAAACAAUAAUACCAUUUCAUUGUAAAGUAGAAAAAAUUGCUUUAAUAUAAUAUAACUCCAGAUUGUAUUAGCAGAGUUCUAUAUAUAGAGAUUUCACAAAUGAUUGUUUCAUCAAUAUGUUAUUGGUUUUACAUAACAUACCACACUAGGGAAGAAGCAAUUUUGAAGUUCUUUUCUGUAAAUAUAGCAGUGACAUUGACUUUAAUUUCAUAAUCAGAAUAUAUCUGCAGGAAACUCAUAGCAUUGUAUUCCUAAGUAAUUGUACUAUGCCAACAGAAUAUUAGUAUAUUCUUUUAGUCUAGCUUAUUGCAAAUUCUAGAUUGUUGCCUAGAGUGACUAUCAGAAAAAAAUCACUGUUUCCUGCUAAAGCCAAAAUGGAUGUUAGCAUCAAGUUGUAUAAAAACACUUCACAAUUUUCAUGAAAGUAAAAUAGUCAUCAAUGCUUUGGUGCAAAGAACAUUGGAUAUCAAAAAGGCUGGGAUCAAAUUGAGAUGAUAAAUGGGAAUAUGAUAUUGAGACAAAGAAAGUACUAGACAAAUUUGGGUUGUGUCCCAGUAGUUGAUUGACAAUGGUUUUUUCUCAUUUAGACUAUUAUAAUAAUUGUUAAUAGAGUUCCAGGCUAGCUUACAAAAUUCUAUUUAAGAACCUGUUUUAAAAAUUGACUAAAAGAGCUAAGACUUAGGUUCCUGAGCUUUACCUUUUCUAUUUACAUGGGAUUUUAAAUCUCACUUGCCUUUCCCAUUGAGGGAAGACCAUCAAGGCCAAUUAUUUACAAUCUUUUUGAUAGGACUCCAUUUAGAGGCUUGGGCAGCUAGAUAGUUCAGAAGAUAGAGUAUUGGGCCUGGAGUCUGGAAGACCUGAGUUCAAAUCUGUCCUGAGAAACUAGCUAUGUGACUUUGGGCAAGUCAAUUAAACUGAGGUUUCUUCGUCUGUAAAAUUAGCUAGAAAAGGAAAUAGAGAACCACUCCUAUAUCUGUCAAGAAAACUUCAAAUGGGGUCAUGAAGAAUCAGACAUGACUGAAACAACAGAACAACAAAAGUUUAGAGGUUAGGCCAGAACCUCUCCUUUUCUGGAAUAAUAAGACUAGGGCAGAGCAAUCUACUGGCUCACCAUGGAGGGGAGGUCCCCUCUGAUCAUCAGCGAUUGUACCCCUGCCCAUCCCCUACUAUCCUAGACAGCAGUGGCAAGUCUAUCCUUAAAAACAUGUAACUAUCCACUUGCUACCUGGUGCCUGGAAUGGAUAUUCUAUUUCAUAGAGCAGUCUAUGGUUGUUCAUAUGAAAGAGACAUUGCAAACCAGGGAUCUGUAACUCAGGUACUACUUGUACUUAAAUACCAAGUGUCUAGGGGACAGAGGAUAUGGAAUUGAUCAGAAAUGAGUGGGGGGAGAAUUGGGCAGCAGAUAGGGUUUCAUGAGGUUGAAUAUUAGAUGUAUCCACACUACAUGUACUAGAUAUAGCUAAACAUUUUCAUUUUAUUUCAGAAUUUUCAGGUUGUUUCUCAGAGAAGAAAGUGUAAGAUCAGAAUGGGCAUUUAUACAAGAGACUUGUUUCAGGCAUAUGGGAGGUACCUACAUUUUUAGGACACUUGCUAACAGUUGUCUGAAAACUAUGCUGCUCUGUGAGAAAGUGAGUCCUUUGCUGUUUGUUGAAUUCAAAUUAGGACUGCAUGUUAACUUUGCCUUUUUUAGGUAUAUGGUUAAGCAGAGGUGUCAACAAAUGCCUGUGCAAUGCACUCUCGAACUUCAGAGUGCGGCUUGAAGUAGAUUAAAAUGUAACUUGAAAUAUUUAACAAAAUAAAGAAAACUACAGUAGAGUAACCCCAUUUCAUUUAAGUUUGAUGCCACUGAUGUAGAAGGUAUUCAAAGCUGAACUAAAUGACUGCUAAGAUUCCUUUUGAUUCUAGAAAACUGAUUAGAGGAGUGAUGGGAGGAUAGAUGGAGGUCCCUAAUUCAUAGCUCCAGCAUUUGCUUGGAAUUGGAUGCACAAGACACCUCAUUCCUUACAAUACUUCCGAACUUCUGGAAACUACCAGAGUCCUGCCUGCCUGCUGGAGCCUAUAGUGUAGUUGGGGUAUCCAGAUAUACAAAUACUCAUGAACCUAGACAGUAAUUAACAAUGUAGAGUAGUAUAUUGAUACUAAAUGAGUGAUGACAGUUUUAGAGAUUACUUCCUGCUCUUCUAUUUUCAAUAGGCUAAUGGUAUUUACUUUUCCACUUAUAGUGGUAAUAAGUAUAGCUUGCCAAAUCCUAAAGAUUCAGUUCAGUUAAACAAUUUACUGUAUGUAUAAGUUACCUGGAGGAGAGGCACAUGGUUCUUGUUCUCAAACUCUUUUCUCUUUUAUUUUUUACAAAUAUGUAUAUGUAGAUUAUGUCUUUCAUGUUUCCAUGUUUCAGUUUAUUCUCUGGAGGUGAACGUUUACAAAUUAUCUUUCAGAUUUUAAAUCUAGCUGUAUAUAAUGUUUUCUUGGUUCUACUCUUUCACUCUUCAUUAUCUCAUGUUGUUUUGUUCAAAUUAAAAAAAAAAUUAAUUUGCCCACUGUU